UUGAGCGGAAAGGAACAAAAACAAUCUCUAGAAAUUCAAGCCUUGGAAACUUCAACAAAUAGAGUAACGGAAGAAGUAACACAAGAACAGCCAGACUACCUUGUUGCAUCACCAUCAUCAACGCCUUUUGAAGAAACUGGGAAACUACAAGAAUUAGAGGCAUCUGUUACUGCAAUCGAGGAAUUAAAUGGAAUCUCUUCCACAAAUAACUGUAGACCUUUACCUGUGCAAGAGAAGGGGCUCUUUGAUGAAGAUGCUUUUUAUGAAAGUGUUCGUCAUCACUUCAAAGUUCAGAAAAUGGAGACUUCGUCUGAACAUGCAGACUCAUCUUUCAUUAGUGGUGAUGUCGAUGGGAAAAUAAUUAUUCCUCUUCUGGAUGAUCAAGAAGAUUACGAAGAAGACUAGCUACUUCGAGAAUGAAAACGAAUAUACGAUAAUCUUGAAUGUUGGGAAACACCUGAAGGAGACCGAGAUGGAGGUUAAAGUGGUCAGCGGAAAUAGAGUCCUCAUCAGAUGUUCUUCAUUCCUGAAUGAAGGCGAACUUGACCACCUCAGAGUCUUUUCUAAGACCUUCGACUUACCAGAUGACAUCGACGCCACCUCUGGCCUCUGUGGGGUUUCCUUGGAUGGCAUUCUUGCAGUCACCUUCACUAAAAAGGUCUCGCUGGAUGCCGUUCAGGUAACAAGUCUUGACGAAGCCUGUUCUAAUGAGAGUUCUCAGAAAGACAGGGAAUCCUACAUCCUUAGAGGAAAGUCAGUCCUUAAUGUGGAGGAAUCCACAAACAGCGAACAUUUCACUGGUCAGGAACUCACUUUGUCAUUGGAGGAUGAGGAGGUAAAUUCUUCAUAUGGCGAAGAGGAUAAUACAGAGAAGACCACUACUGCAGAAGACGAGAUUUGCGACGAAGCCGAGUCCUUCUCAAGGGAUACAAAUGCUUUCUGGCAAGCUACCUGUUGCACUACUUCUCCCUCGCGUACAAGGACUCGCGAAUCCGAAUCAGUACAGGAUCCCUUCCAGUUACUGAAUGCAGGAGAAUCAGAGUCUGGGGAAAAGGCUUUGUGGAUGAGGGAGACCACUGCAAAGGACACAAUGAAUGGAACGUUGGCUGGUGUUACGGUUGAAGAGUUUGCACAGGAAGAAGUUGGCUUCAAAAACACUUCUUCGGAUGGUCAAAGUCAAAAGGUUAAUAUGAAAGGUCAUCCCUGUGAAGAUUGUAAUGUUAUUAAUCAGGAAACAGAAAUGAUGGAGCAAGAAAGGAAUAUAAACACGUCACUGGAAAGGGUCACAUCACCUGCACUUUCAGAGCAUCAAGAAUUAAAGUCAAGCUUACAAACUCUUGGAAAAGAUACCGACAGGUUCUCUAUCACUCGCAAUGGCUUUAUCCUGAAAGUUGAAGAGAAAGGACUCUUUGACGAGGAUGCUUUCUUUGAAAGGGCUCGUUCCUACUUCGUGAAUGGACUGAACGUCUCUCCGCAGUUGGGGACGAACAGACUAACUUCAAGAAUCUUCUUUUCACAAAACAUUCCGAAGAAAAUAAAGUAGCAACUUUCAGCGACGAUGGACAACAUUAUAUGGCCAUCUUGGAUGUCAGUCGAUGCACAAAUAACACACAGCUCUACAUUCAGGUUGUGGAGGGAAAGGAAAUAUUGAUACAAUAUCCUCAGUUAAAUGAGGGUGAAUCAGAAAACGUGGAAUACUUUUCUACGACAUUC